AUGGCCUCACUCAUGCGCGCAAGCGUUUACCUCGCAGCCAGGCGCGAACCCAAUGUUACGAAACCCUACAUCUUGGCGCAACGAGAUGAUGUCAUAAAAAAUCGCGUUGGCCAAUUUCUCCCUGACCGCCGUGUUCUCGCAGCAGUUGCGUCCGCCGCACCGCAGCAACAAGGACGAAGGCUGUUUGAUCAGCGAGAUCUUCUCGAUCCGGCCACCACGGAAAAGCCGAUUGUGCAGAUCAAGCGGCUCAUCAAUCAGCAGAAUGGAGACGGAUCGUAUACGUACGGCUUCGAGGCCGAUGAUGGUUCUUUUAAGAUUGAAACCCGUGACAAACUCGGGAACGUUAAGGGAAAGUACGGAUACUAUGACGUGAAUAACGAACUCAAGGUUGUGGACUACGUUGCUGGUAAUGGAACAGGCUUCGACGCGAAGGCGGAUUUCCUGCCCAAGUCGCAAGAACCUCUUCCACCGCCGCGGGGUGAGGGGCAACCGCCUCAGGCAAGGCCUGCCCCAAGACCAGCUCAGCAGCAGCUUCCUCAGAGAUUCCAGCAAGAAGAACAAGAGCCUCAGCAAUUCCGUCCCCAGCAGUCCGGUGCUCCUCCGUCGAGGCCAUCAGCACCAAGGGGCAUCUCGACUUUCACAGACCCCGAGGGCAUUUUCCAAUUCAGCUUCCCUUCGCCUGGGCAACCCGCCGGCCCUUCUCCCGCUGCUCCGUUUGGUCAAUUUCAAGAAGAAUCGUUUUUGCGGAAAUGGAACAACUGUUAUUCCUUGGGAUUCCAGGGGAAAUUCCACUCGAUAAUGAAACCUGGAUCUUGUGCAAAUGUCUCUUGUUUCGUACGACCUGCCCCAAGACCAGCUCAGCAGCAGCUUCCUCAGAGAUUCCAGCAAGAAGAACAAGAGCCUCAGCAAUUCCGUCCCCAGCAAUCUGGUGCUCCUCCGUCGAGGCCAUCAGCACCAAGGGGCAUCUCGACUUUCACAGACCCCGAGGGCAUUUUCCAAUUCAGCUUCCCUUCGCCUGGGCAACCCGCCGGCCCUUCUCCCGCUGGUCAAAUCGGCGCAGGUGGCCAAUACAUACCCAGCAUCGAACUCGAGGGUUUCUCCGACGACGAGGACAAGGACGGAUUCGUUGACCCGGUGCCGAACGGGCUUCCGGCGCGGGCAUCCAGGCGUCAACCCCAACACCAGGGACAGCAGCAUCAUCAGCAGCAACAACAACAACAGCCAAGCCGGCCCGUGUCACAGCCACAGUUUGCGUCAGUCGACUUUCAUCAGGAACGCCCGGCUCCACAGCAGCAACAACAGGCGCAGCAGUUUGCCAGCUCGCCCCAGUUCCCGACGUCGCCGUCCCAGGCUGGACCCGAAAGACCCAGGUUCAUUCCCGGCAGGGAGGAUGAGCGACAGAGGUUUGAGCAGCAGGUGCCGCAACGAUUUGCGCCGCAGCCGCAGCCGCCGAGAUUCGCCGCCCCGCCGCCGCAGUUUGCUCCUCCACAAUUCGCCGUGAGUCGUCAAAUCGGCGCAGGUGGCCAAUACAUACCCAGCAUCGAACUCGAGGGUUUCUCCGACGACGAGGACAAGGACGGAUUCGUUGACCCACACGGCUUGCCCGAAGGCCGCGCCCGUAGGUCCGCAGUUGGGGUUGUGGUCCCUGUCGUCGUAGUAGUCGUCGUUGUUGUUGUUGUCGGUUCGGCCGGGCACAGUGUCGGUGUCAAACGCAGUCAGCACUUUCAUCAGGAACGCCCGGCUCCACAGCAGCAACAACAGGCGCAGCAGUUUGCCAGCUCGCCCCAGUUCCCGACGUCGCCGUCCCAGGCUGGACCCGAAAGACCCAGGUUCAUUCCCGGCAGGGAGGAUGAGCGACAGAGGUUUGAGCAGCAGGUGCCGCAACGAUUUGCGCCGCAGCCGCAGCCGCCGAGAUUCGCCGCCCCGCCGCCGCAGUUUGCUCCUCCACAAUUCGCCCAGUCUCCUCAGCAAGGAGUUCCACGUUUCCAAUCAGAAUUUGGUUCGCCUGCAAGAUUCCUUCCAGGACCUCCACAGCAGCAGCAACAAGAAUCAAUCCCAGUGUUCAACGGAGUUACUGAUAGCCCGAGGGCAUUUGUGAAUCCGUUGAGUCUUCAACAACCAGGACGACGUCCGUUUUAAGAGGGGAACAAAAAAAUCAUUGGUGUGAUUUCUUGCCUUCUUCCUCAUCCACACGCGAUCUUUUUGUUUGUUUUUUUUUAUUUCGUCAGCAAUUGGCCUGAAUUAUUAUUUCUGUUUUUUUUUCUUUCUUCUUUGUCUUCCAAGCUUUGUUCCUCCCCACUAUAUUGUGACCCAUGCGUUUUAUUUCAUUAGUGGCGCGUUUUUAUUGAGAAGAAAAAAAACGAAGGUGGGGUUUUUUUUUACACAGCUUCA